AUGACGGUUUCAUCGUAUCUCUUCUUCUUUAUUUCAUGUAUAACAUUAAUUUUAACUACAGAAAGUUUAAGACAUCAUGAAAGUGACAAAUUACUUAAACAAUACGAUAAUACAAGUGACAGUAGAAUUAUGGGAACUGGUGAUCUUAUCAGUGAAAAUAAUCAUAAUGAAUCUUUCAAUGAAAUGGAUUUAGAAGAUAACAUUCAUAGUCAUAACGGAUUGGCUCGGUGGGGUGAAGGAAGUCCCUAUCGUUUGGAUUCCAAUCAGUCCAACUUAAAGGAUGACGAAGAAUACGAGACUACUGAAGAAAAAUACAGUGAAGAACAUGGAAAAGAAAACACAAGUACAGAAAACCACGAAGAAAUGCAAAGCGAACAAUCCGAAAGAGAAACUUUAGAUCAUCAACAUGAAGGAAUUGUCAACUGGGGCGGACAUGAGACGGAAUAUUAUGAAAAUAUAUUUACAAUCAUGAAUAAAACCAAAGACGGUUUUGAAAAAGAUGAAAAUAGAACAUUUCAUAACGACGCGAACAGAAUACCCGAAAAUAUACCAAACAAUAGUUCACUUGAACCGACUCCUAUGAAUACCGAUCAGUCGCUUAUUCAUGAUCUGGAUAGUCAUGGUCAUUAUCAUCAUGAUCAUGAUUUCAAUAAUGUUGAGAAUACAACUGAUUCAUUGCUUGAUAAAAAGAUCAUUGAUCAUUUAGUUGAUCCAUUAUUAUCAAAUAUCUAUGUAGCAAAUAACCAUUCUACAAUUUCAACUCAAACGGAUAAUGAAGAAGAUGACUUGAAAGCUGAACGAUCAUGCCGAAAAUGUAUCAAAUGGCAGCAGUUACAAUUAACACUUCCGUGCUUAUUAUACCCGAUAAAUUUCGAUGCACCUCAACAAGUGAAUCAAACCAAAAUAAUUUAUGUACAUGUGAUGAGAAAAGUGAUUACACACAUUAAUAAGAGCUUAAAUGAAUUGUUAUUAGAGUUGGAGCCAUAA